CGGAACUUAAUGAUCUGAGUCACGCAAAGAUCUGGAAUUUGACCUACAUACGCCAGUUUGUCCAUUACUUUGUGUAAGACGUCAGUGGUCAUAUGUGGGUCAGUUACAAAAAUAGCUUAGCUGAGAGAUUAGGAAUUUCCAAAUUUGCCAUGCGAAUAAAACACCAGGUAACAAACUAGAUGCGUCAUAUUGGAAAAUCUAUUAGAAAACGAUGGAACUCCAAAGUCAAGUGGAGCUGAUGAUACACGACUUUCUAGCGUGGUUAACGGAGAUAUCCGACUCCAACUUUCUGGAGUCUAAAGGCCCGAGUCUUCAACUCCUCAACACCUACGUCUAUUAUUACAAGGAAGAUAUAUCCCAGUUUGCAGUAUUUAUCAAAAAGAGCAAAGAACUGAUGUAUACUCUUCACCAACAAGGGUUUCCCCUCACAGUGAAUGGUAAACAGGUCGUACACUUCUGUGAACCCAAGGAACAACUGGGCGAAGGAGAAAUGUACUUUCAGGUUGGUCGAACUUCCCCUGGCACUUUGGCCUUAAAAUUUGCUAAGAGAAACUCCGAAGAAGCAAGUCCACAAGUAUCCACUGUUGAAGCCAAAGACUUCGCCAGGGCGUUUUCCGAGGAUUAUUUCGAAGAACUGAGGACGAUAGGCCGGCAAAGUGGAUCACCGAUUGCCGACGGUCUUUUUCAAGAAUGCAUUGUGACAGAUGUGAAACAUAGCAUUGUAACAUACGUCGGUGUGGAACAACUAAUACAGCGCCCACAGGCAUGUCCAGUGAUGGAGGAUAUAUCAACACCCGAGAAAACGGACAUGGAAGAACUUCACUACGAUUUUGAGAUGCACUGUGUUCAAGAGUCUUGUGAUGAGAAAUGCACUGAUGCCAAUGGCGUGGAGGAGCUUUGUUGUCAAUGUAGAGAACUUUCAGAAGAAACCGCUAAGCAUGACGGCUUCUUUGCAAAAUAUGACUUUGAAUGGAGUCAAAGAUCUUCCAGCACAACAACCCGGGAAGGAACAUUUUCAAAUAACCGCGUCGUCAAUAUGGACCCUGUUGAAAUAUGGUCAUCUCGAGAAAACCAAGAUUUGUCUAGCACGACUUCAGGAUUUACACAAAUACGGAACGACAUAAGCUCCACGUCUUCCAAUAACCAACCCUACCCAUCAACGCGAGAGGCCCUUAGAAGCCUCUCUGGAAAAUAAUGCUGGUUUCAACUUCUUUCGAAAGAGACAAAAAAUUUAAAAGAUAUUAAGAUCUGAAUGACAAAAUAAUGACAAAGCAAGAAAGCAUAUUAUUACUGGCCACUGUACGUAAAUUUACUCCUAUAGGUGUGAAGGACAACAGUGAAUGUUGGUUAGGAGUUAUAUACAUUUUUAUAACACAUACAUGUAAUCAAAAGUUAGUCUGACUACAUGCUGAUUAUCAAAAGAUUAAAUGUCAAAGCUCGAAAUGUGAAAAAUUGAAAUAAUGGCAAACGCCUGAAUCCGAAGAUACAAUAAAGGAAGAAAAAAUAUUACUACAGUUACCAAGGUCAUGAUAUUUUGCACAACGCCCAGUGUUUGCCAAUUGUCUAAUACCUCAUGUAUUAGUAGACUCAAACUAUGUCAAGCAGAGAUAGAAAGAGAAAGCGAGUAAAAAAAUUACACUGUAAACGUUAAUAGCCUAUACAUUUGUAGUACAUGGAGAAUGGACAUAACGGUUGGAUGCGGAAUAGUUAUCUUUAACAGAAUAUUUUUAAUGAAGGGCCUAGGUUUUUACACUGCAACACUUAAAUGAGAAAAAAAACCAAAAUUAAUUGUGUUCAUAUGGCCAAUUGUUACUCCCGUUUUCAUUGAAUUAACGUCUUGAUGGUAUGAAUUAUCAAAAUACAUAUGGUUGAUAUUACGGUAUAUUUUUAUAGUCCAUUAUAAUUAAUAAAACGUAUUCAAUA